AUGUGGAAAGGCCAUUCACCAACAAAAAAUAUAGAGGGUCAGCUGACACCAUACUAUCCCGUAGAGAUGGGACAAGGGACUGAAUGCUCUCUGAGACAGAAUGAACCUCGCUUUACCACAGUGCUGUACGUCUGCCACCCGGAGGCAAAACAUGAGAUCCUCACAAUCGCUGAGGUCACCACCUGUCAGUAUGAGGUAGUGGUGCUCACACCCCUCCUCUGUCCUCACCCGAAAUACAGGUUCAAGUCCUCCCCGGUGAAUGACAUCUUUUGCCAGGCUCUGGGUGGCUCCCCUCUCAGACCUCAGAGUCUGUCCCAGCUGGAUCGUGAGCAGGAAGAGUUGCUCAAACCAGCGUUCAGCUCAAGCAGAGAAAGAGAUCAGAGAGGAUCCAGGGAGGACACACCUCCAGUGAAGGAAGAGGCGUAUACCUCUACCCAUAAGCCCCUGACAGUGGGCGGGCAAGCCCAGGUCACCGUUGGCACCACCCACAUCUCUCGUCUGACUGAUGAACAGCUGAUCAAAGAGUUUCUGAGUGGCUCCUACUGUCUGCAUGGGGGUGUUGGAUGGUGGAAGUAUGAAUUCUGUUAUGGAAAGCACGUCCACCAGUAUCAUGAGGACAAAGAACAAGGGAAGAACAUUGUGGUGGUGGGCAGCUGGAACACUGAGGAUCAUAUUAACUGGGCCAAGACAAAUGUGGCACGGUCUUAUCAUUUGAAAGACGAUGGAGCGCAGAAAGUCAAGGUCGUAUCUCACUUUUAUGGCCAUGGAGAUGUUUGUGACCUAACAGGGAAACCGAGACAGGUUAUAGUCAAGCUCAAGUGUAAGGAAUCAGAGUCUCCUCAUGCUGUUACAGUUUACAUGCUGGAACCUCAGACCUGUCAAUAUGUUCUCGGGGUUGAGUCGCCUGUAAUAUGCAAGAUCUUGGACACUGCAGAUGAAAAUGGACUUCUUUCAAUCCCUAGCUAGCCUAGAUGGAGGAAUGGAUUUUAGCUUGGAGAACAAACAAUACAGAAGAGGAAGGCAGGAUGAUUGUCAGAGGGAGAGAUAAAGGUCUGAUAAAGUCUAGUUCCAUAGAUCAUGGCGAUAACAUGGACUUGCUGAACCUCAGGCCUCCACCCUUUGAGAAAGUCCCUCACUGACAGCACUUUCUCUUGUUUGAAGACUAAACACGGAGGAGAUUUGAUGAAACUUUUAAACCUGGAGAUGCAGCUAGGGCUGAAUUCUCAAUGUUUUAUUUACAAAUCUCAAACCUGUUGAAGAAUAUUUUUGUUCAGCUUUUUCAUGCUUUGGCACAUUUAGAUGGUUGGCUGUGGGAAAGUCACUUAAAAAAUCUAAUUAAAUUAUUAAUUUGUUCUGUUAAUCAAUUGAUUAUACAAGUUGGUCAGCUGUUUUAAAUAUACAUUUAUUUAUUUGAUCAAACUUCUGGUAGUUCAGUGCUUGCCAGUAUCAGUGUGCAUAUGGAGACGGUUAUAUUGUUUUUAAAAGUGAUAGAAGUAGUAAUUGUGCAAUGCAAACUGCAAGGGAAAAUACACUGUCUUGUAUGCAAAGGAAAGUGAGUGUAAUUAAACAGUUUUUUUUUU